AUGGCCUUGCACUGGCUGGCGCCGUUGCUGCGGCGCGGCCACGGCUUCCACCGACCUCUCCAACGUGGGCCUCGGAGCUUUGGGGCCUUUCGGGCUGGCCGGGCGCUUUCUGCCGCCCGGGAUGCCUACACGGUCAUGGGCCUGGACCGCCGCGCUUCGCAGCAGGAGGUCAAGGAGCGCUUCCGCGUCCUCGCGAAGCAGUAUCACCCGGACCUGAACACCGGGGACCGCACGGCGUCUCUGAAGAUGGCGGAGUUGACCAGCGCCUAUGACACCUUGAUGGAUCCCAAGAAACGGGCCGCGCUUGACCAGGCCACGGCAGGCACCUCGGCGGGUGCUGGUCCGGGCUCCAGCUACACAGGUGGCUUCCCCUACGAUGACAGCGACGGUUGGGUGUCUCCGUCCCAGAUGUUCUCGGAGUUCUCGGAUCUCUUCGGCCGCAACUCCCAGUUCCGCCCCAACAUGGACGCCUCUGCGGCACAGCGGGGCGAGGACGUCAGCACUGGCCUCGACGUCUCCUUUUUGGAGGCCGCUCAGGGCUGCGAGAAGGUGGUCUCCCUGAGACUGAAGCAGGUGUGUCAGGACUGCCACGGGACAGGCGCGCGAGAGGGGACGACCUGGUCCAAGUGCCGCGUCUGCCGAGGAACCGGGGUACUCCGACAAGAGAAGGGUAUCUUCAGCAUGGGCCUUCCAUGCCAGAGGUGUCGAGGGAGCGGCAUGGUCUUGGACCAUCCUUGUCGCACAUGCCGUGGCGAGAGCACGGUGAUGAUGACCCGCGACAUUCGCAUCAAUGUCCCCGCAGGGGUUCGCAAUCUCAUGGAGCUUCGAGUUCCCGGUGCCGGGCACGCUGGCAGCCGGGGCGGAAAGGCGGGGCACCUCUUUGUGCAAGUGAAGGUACUGCCGCACGAGAGGUUUCGGCAAGUGGAGGAUGACGUGCAUCUGGAUGUGCCGCUGACAUUGCGGGAAGCCCUCUUGGGGGCGGAGGUCUCCAUCCCUAACCUCGAGGGCAGCUCCGAAAGGCUCAUCAUCCAGGCACCGGCGCAGCCUGGGACGACCAAGGUGCUGAGAGGCCGUGGACCUCCGAAGCCAGGAAACCAGGGCCGAGGACAUCUGGUCUUGCACUUCCUCUUGCAUUUGCCGCGGAGCCUGAGCCCUCGCCAGGUGGAGUUGAUUGAGGAGUUCGACAGCCUCGCAGAGGUUCCCCCCGCCGGCCGAUCGCCGAGGACUCCCAAGGGCUCUGCUCGCGCUCACGAAGAUGCAGCAUGGCAUGGAGCAGCGGAGCAGCUUUGUUGUGCCUCGUUUGACUUGACAGCUUUCCUCCUCGGCGCUGGCGUCGCGGGAGUCGAGCCGGGCCUCGCAGGGAGGACUCCGGGAACGACGGCCACCGAGCUUGGAGCGAGCGAGGACCUGGACGUCAUCGCCAAGACCCGACAGCGUGUUCGCGAGGUGCGGGAACGAGAGCGGCUCGAGAGGUUGCGGGAGGAGGAGGAGAAGGAGCAGCGAAAGAAGGAUGCCCAGGCGCAGCACGAGGAGCGCCUUCGGCGCCAGGAGCACGAGAAGCGGCAACGGCUCCUUGAGAGGAGGGUAGAGCAAGAGUCGAAGAUGGCCAAAGACGCCGAAGAGAAGCGACAUGACCAGGAGCGGCGGCGACAGCAAGAAGAGAGAGCUAAGUCGCUGCAGCGCCAGAUGCAGGCGCGGAUCAAGGCUGAGAAAGAACUUGCUGCAAAAGAGAAGAGAGAGCUGGAGCAGCAUGAGAAGGAACAGCGGCGGCGCACCGAAGAGGAGGCUGCCAAGCGAGCAGCUGAAGCGACGGAGGCGGCCAAGAGAAGGCUGGCGGAGCGGAAGAAGCAGCAGGACAAGCUGCGGAAGGACGAGGAGGAGGCCUCGCAGCGGGCAGAGAGCCGAGAGAGCUCCGGGAACCACCGCGAGCUCUCGCAGCCGCGGCCUGCUCGUGGGGACUCCGUGGAGGUUCUGGCUCGGCGCAAGGCGGAGGAGCGGGUGCGGCACCGGUCGCAGGAAAGGCGCAAGGAGGAGGAAAGGAUCCGGGCACGGGAGGCUUUCCAGAAGUGCGAAGUGGAGGAAGAGCUGCGGAUGGCGAAGGAGGAGCUCGAGCAAAGGCGCCGCUCGGCGGCCCUCCGUGCAGCCUCAAGGCAGCGACGGGAGAAGGAGACAGAGGAGCGGCUUCGCCAGGAGCGGGACGAGCAGACGGCGGCUGCCAAGGAGCGGCGCCUUUUGUAUCGGAAUCCCAAAGCCAUCGCGGAGCUCAAGGCAUCGGAACCCCAAAUGCCGCUGACGUCGGAGCAGCGCCGCUCCCAAUCCCGCCGACGCCAGGCCGAGCAGGAGAAGCUCCAGCGCUACGCGGACGGCCUGCCCGUGGAGGACAGCGGCCGGCCGCCACCGCUGCCCGGGGCCACGGGUGCGCGGCUGCGACGUGGCAGCCGCUCCAAGGGCGAGCGCUCGGGCGGGGGCGGGGGCGGCGCGAACCGGCUCUCGCCGAGCUCGUCCCUGACGGAGCAGACCGGCUGCUCGGAGACGGAGUCGGUGCUGGAGCCGCUGGAGGAGCCCGACGAAAAGCACGCGGACGCAGAGCACGAGGAGAGCUACGAGCACGCCGAGCACGCCGAGCACGCAGAGUCCAAGGCGGAGCUGCCACCGACCCCCUCGGUCGCUCACAUGCUCCACGUUCAGGACGCAAAUGAAGCUGCGGUGAUACCGGUGGCAGAGCUGCCGCUGACGGGGCUUCCGGUGGGCAAAGUGUCUGGGCACCAAGGGAUGGAGGUGAAGGAGGAUAUCUUAGAAGUUAGUCAAGUGCCAGAAGAGCUGGCACAAGAACCGGUGGAAGAACCGCUGGAGCCUGACGAGCUGGAGGAGGUCGAGGUGGAGUCCAACCUGAGCAUCAGUUUGCACAUCAGAAUCUAA